UGCUCGCGGUUCGAAGUUUAACCGUACAGAUUGGACGUCACUUCAAAAUCUACCAGCCCCCCCUGCUACAUGCAAAAGAAGAAUGUCGACACUGAAUAGGAACAAGCAGUUCAGAAAAGCUGUAAUGAAAUUUUGUAACAUGCUUAGUAUGAGAUAUGCAAAGCAUCUUGAAACUUCCAAGAAUAAUUCACUUGGUGAUGGUUGCAGAGUGAUUAUUCAGGAUCAAAAUGCUCCUCAAGUUGUUAAUCAUACAAAAGAUUUUUGUAUGGAAGAGCGAUGGGAUGAUUUUGAUGACAAAGAUAUCAAGAUGCUCCUUGACGAAGUUCUCAAAUACAAGCAGAUUGCUAAAUUAGAAGCAACUAAAGGUGCUCGAUACAUAUCCGAGUAUCCUCACUCAGAUGUUGGUGAUGAUGGACAUGAAUUGGAUGAGAACAACUUAGGUUCAUCAGCUACCCCUAUCAAUGUAAUAAAAAAGGAUAGUGGAAGGAGGCAAGCAUCUUCUCGAAAAAGGAGGCAAACAUCUUCCCGAAGAUCAAGACGUCGUCUUCCUAAAAGCUAUGUCAUGCUUAUGAAUCAAGUACAAAAUUCUGGUAUGCAAGCAUACAAAUCAGUGGCAGUUUCUAAUGCAAUAGAGCUAUUCAAGCUUGUAUUUUUAAGCUCUGCAAAAGGUCCAGAGGUCCCAAACAUGCUAGUUGAGACAUUGCGGCGAUACUCGGAGCAAGAUCUUUUCUCCGCCUUUAACUAUCUCAGAGACAAAAACUUCAUGAUGAUGGGUAGUGGCAUUGCUCAAUUUGUACUUUCCCAGCAGUUCUUGCAUAAUAUUUCAUUAUCUCCAUUUCCUGUUAAUACUGGAAAAAAAGCUGCUAAGAUGGUGAGGUGGCUUCAAGAGAAAGAAAAUGAUUUAUUAGAAAACGGUGUUGAUCUAUCUGCAGACCUUCAGUGUGGAGAUGUCCUCCAACUGUGUGUGCUGAUGUGUUCAGGAGAAAUAUCGAUGUUUCCUUGCCUGCCUGAUGAAGGUAUUGGAGAAGUUGAGAAUUUGAAGAAACGUAAAUGUGAUGACAAUGAAAUUUAUUUUCGUAAAGAAAAAGGUUUUCCAGGGAUAAAUUUAUCCUUGAGCUCUGAUAUAAUUCCAAGAGUUGAUGUGAUUGCAUUAUCUAGAGAUGAGAAUGCAGUUACUUCUCGUUCGAAUUUGGAGUACAGGUCACUGCCUUCUGAACUUAUUGAAGGAAUCUCAAAGUCAAAUGCUGACUCUGAGUUAACAUGGAAUGCUAUGACUUGCUAUGCAAGACACCUGGCAUCGUCUGCACAAGAAUUAUCUUCCUUUUCUCCCAAUCUUUUUAGAACUGUUCAUUCAGCCAUCCAAAAAGCUGGUGAUCAAGGCUUAAGCAUGGAGGAGAUUUCUGAGAUUAUUGGUGUUCAUGGUAUGCAGCUUUGGGAAUCGAUGCCAGAACUCCUUGUUGAGGUGCUUGAGGCAUUUGGGAGUGCUUUAAAGGUUAAUGCUUAUGAUUCUAUCCGCAUUGUUGAAUCUCUAUAUCGAUCAAAGUAUCAUUUAGCCUCAGUAGCUACCUACCAACAUGGUCUUGAUUUCAACACUCUGGAGUCUUGGCAAGAAAAUCACAAGGAUGGAGGCAAAGAUUUUGUGAAACAAACUUGCACAGACUGCAUUGAGGGGCAUACAACUACUGAUGAGGAGCAUCACAGACUAACCAUCCUAAACCGCCUAGUAGAGGUUCCCCAACCUACGAGUGAAGUUCAAAGAAAUGAUGAGACUAAAACCUACGAAGAGGAGAAUGUAAUGCCUCUAAGAACAGACCCCAAGGAAAAAAUGUUCGAACUUGAUGUUGGCGAUUCUCCUUCUUUCAAGCCAAUAUUGCCAUGGGUAAAUGGAGAUGGUACCAUCAAUGAUAUUGUUUACAAGGGACUUGUACACCGUGUUCUUGGUAUUGUGAUGCAAAAUCCUGGGAUAUUGGAGGAGCAUGUUUUAAGUCAAAUGAAUGUACUAAAUCCUCAGAGCUGUAGAAAAUUGUUGGAGCUGAUGAUUCUUGAGAGCCAUAUCAUAGUGAGGAAGAUGUAUCAGACUAUAUCCAGUAAGGCCCCAGCAAUGUUAAGCCGGCUUCUUGGUUGCAGGUAUAAGAAACCGAAACUGGUUUGCAGAGAACAUUUAUUUGCAAACCCAAGGAGUGUCCACCAUCUGUAGAAUCUGUUAGUAUAGGUGUAUAUAAUUUACGAGUGCUUUUGCUGAUUUCGGCCUUUCGGGUACAGUUUCAGAAUAUCCACCAUCUGUAGAAUCUUGUAGUUGUGCAUAAUCUACGA